GUAAUUAAUAACAGAAUUUUCAUUUUUGGGUUAACUAACCCUUUAAUAGCUAUGUUUUCAUCCAAAGUUGCGUAAUUUAACUUGCGCACAAUAUUGGAAUAUUGCAUAAAACAUUUGCGAAUAAAGACGCACUGCUUACGUCACUUUUUGGGAAAUAAACCAUCCGCUGGCUCACUUUACCAUUUUGGAUUCCUGUCUCUUUUACAAGGUGAGUCUUGAACCUCCUGAAGCCGCAUGUUAUCAUGUUUGUGUCUCUCAGUGUCACAUCUAGAAAGUGUUACACUGCUGCUGUCAGUAAGUAAUUGAAAUUUAAUCGUGCUUGUAAAAGAGUCUCGUUCAGGUUUAAUAUUUGAAAUGAGUCUGACAGAAUGGUGUCAUGUUAUCUUGAGAUUAGAUGCUGGUGUUUGGGAAUGCAAUCUUUAAAGAUGCUUCUGGGAGGUCAUUAUACCCAAACGUUUUGAUGAAAAACUUUGGCUCAGGCAUUUCAGAAUGGCCAAACCAACAUAUGAGACACCGUGAUGCGAUUAGUCCACUGGUUAGUCCAGUUAUCCAAUCACAUCCACUGCUGAGGCAAAGUCACGUGAGUUUGUUGUUGAACAUCGAGAGAUUUAUUCUGUACAUUUGUUUAGUUUCUGUGCAUGUCUUCUUGUUGGCUAAAAAAAAGAUCAGUUUUUCAUGCAAAUUUUUGGAAUUUAUGUGCAUCUUGGUGUGUCCAUCCAGCAUUUUUUAUGGUACAGUAUAUCCCAAAAUUUGCAUAAAAAUAGGUAGAUGGAAAUAUAGCUGAUGCAUGAGCUAUAACUAAAUGUCUCAAAUAAUGUUUCACAUACAUUAGUUUAAAGGAAUAUUUCACCCAAACAUGACAAUUCUGUCAUCAUUUACUCACUCUCAUGUUGAUCCAAAUCUAUAUGUUGUUAUGUUUUUCGGUGAACAUCCUCAUGCAGCUGGUACAGUUGUGGGCACAUUAAUAAAGGACACAUCGCCUCAGGUUUUCAUCAUGUUUUGACUGUUUCUCCAGGUUGAAGUGGACACUAUCCUCUCAGACUUUGAGUCGUCAGACUUUGGUGACAUGUCUGAAGAUUUUUACGGCAUGAGGCGUCUGUACGUCAUUUUGGGCUCCUGUCUGUUUUACAAGGGAUAUCUCAUAGCGAACCACCUGCCUAAAGAAGACCUUCUGGACGUGUGUUUGUACUGUCAGCAUUACUGUCUGCUGCCGCUGGCGUCCGAGCAGCGUGUGGGGCAACUAGUGGUGUGGAGGGAGGUGUUUCCGCAGCGGAGAGCCCAGCUCAACCCCGGAUACUCCCAGCCACUCGGACGACACUUCCUGCUCAUUGUGGGACUGAGGCACUUUAUGCAGUGUGUGUUGCUGGAGGCCGGUGGCUGUGCGUCACCUGCUCUGGGAUCUCCUGGUCCCGACUGCGUCUAUGUGGACCAGGUCAAAGCCACACUGCUUCAGCUGGAGAGUCUGGAUGCUGCCAUUGAGGAGCGUCUCUCUGCUCCGCCCACCCCCUGUCUCUCCUGCGCUGAUUGGUUCCUUCCUGCCGGUGGGCGGGACCGACAGGAUGGCAUCAACAGCUCACCGAUUCUCAACCGGCUGACAGCAGCCAUCAAACCCCCAUCACCGGGCAUGAUCGGGCGAAGUCUGUUUGGGGAGGUGGGAUCGGGGUCAUCAAAUCUUAGAGGACGAAGACCGAGUCCUCAGAGGAGUCUGUCUGAUAGCGGCAGCGAGGGUCACACGGACGCGUCCUUUACUUCAGGUCUGAGUCCUCAUGCCACACCGGACGCAGUGCGGCGGACGCCCUCUAGUGGCACUCGCAGAGACUCUCUCGGCUCAGGAGGGUCAGACGGCAGCUUGGGCAGUGCAGGAUUUUUUAAGAUUCCCAGGUUAAAACACCCUAACCCAUUCUACCUGGGCUCAUUGAAGAAGAGUCUGACUGACAGAGAAACUGAGGAGAUGCACAAUGUUCUCAAAUUGACAGCGGGUGCUGAGAACACGCUGUUCCAUUACGUGCUGAUGGAGACGGUGCAGGGCAUCUUCAUCGCUCCCACACACAGAGAAGUCAAUCAUCUGAGCGGCUCCAUCCACCCACAGCUCAUCCACAACUUCUACCACUGCUGUCUGUCCAUACGGCAGGCCUUCCAGCAGAGCCUCCCCACACGGGAUCGGAGAGGGACGGAGCGGCCGCAGAGCACUCGAGGUUUGGGUCCAGUGAAAGAACAUGGAGUUCUGUUCCAGUGCAAACCUGAAAACUGGACCGAUCAGAAGAAACCAGCUCCCACCAUGACCUACUGGGUUAUUGGGCGAAUGCUUCUGGAACCCGUCCCUCAAGAGUUUUACGUGUGCUUCCAUGACUCCGUGGCAGAGGUUCCUGUGGAAAUGGCCUUCCGGCUGUCUUUCGGCUUGGCCGUGUAGUCCAGGGGCAGAGAGAUGCCUGCAAGUCAUCAUCCGUAACGCGACACCCUGUCAUACAGCAUGAGAAGCUUUUUUGAGAGGUAUGUGUGGAAAUGAGCCUUCCACUAGAGAUAGAAAACACUGCUACUGUCAGAAAGUGCUACUGGUUCAUGCUUUAGAUUAAAUUAUGAUCCUUGUGGUGUUCAUAUGUCAUUGUGGACUUAAACAAUGAAAAUUAAACACAAUCAGAACUAGUCAGCAAUGUCUGUAUGGUGAAAAAGGACAACUUUAAUACCUCAAACUAUGCUAAAUUUCACAAGCUACAGGCUCACGAACACUCGCACCAGAAAAAAGAUUUUUUUCACUUGACUUUUCCUUGCUGGAUCAAGUGGAAUGAUGUUUUCUUGGCAGCAGCUAUGCAGCGUUUAUGACCACAGCCUUACCUGAACUUUGUGAUAUGAAAUGUUUUUGUAUUUUAUUUAAGGUAUGGAACUUCAUGUUCUCCUUUAAGUUGAAACUUUGUAAUACAUUGUUCAUCCAACAAAAGUGCAUUAUCAAAUAAAUGAAAGCAGAUUUA